AUGACCGAUCCAACUAAUAUUCUUAACAUUGUUAACGGUCUCGCUUCAGAAACUAGCAAAUUGGAUGAUGGGGAAUUGGCUUGUUUAUUUAAGUAUUUCACCAAGGAUACUACUAAUUUGGCUAAUGUAGAGAAAUGUCUUGUGGCAUGCCCAAACAAUAAUACUAAGCUUCUAUACCUAAGGGAGUUAUUAAAGGAUGCUAGUUCUGAGACUCCCAGAAUUUGGGAUGAAGAUCCAUAUAAACCUUUAACUUUGCUCAUCCGUAAAUGCUACCGAGAUCUGGCAAGUGUCGUCCUUGAUGAUAAUGUACGAAGAAUACGUAUCACCGGUAAUCCGGGAAUUGGAAAAACAUAUUUCGGAUAUUACCUACUAUAUCUGCUUGCACGACAAGGAAGAACUAUUUUAUACGAAAGUGUUGCUGGGCGAGCUUCAUACGUUUUUGAUGGAGAAGAAACCUUUCUUACUUUUGAUAAGAUCAUUACCCAUUCGUACAAAUCCAGAAGAGAUGUUUGGUACAUCGUAGAUGGAAUGGAACCAGAGGAAGUUAAAGCUAAGACAAUUCUUGUCUGUUCGCCCAAAAAGUCUCACUAUGCGAACUUUGAUAAGUAUCCUCUUGCAACAAUACGGUUAAUGCCAGAAUGGAGUUUAGAUGAGAUCCAUAAAUGCAGAGAUAAAAUGUACCCUGAUACCGAUAUAAAGAAGGUAGAUAAGUUAUUUUCUAUGUGGGGAGGGAUCCCUAGGUUUGUUCUGGAGAAGGCCGAUGAUUAUGUUCAGCAACAAAAACUCAUAAAUGCAGUUGAAAUAUGCGGCGAGAAGAUAUUUGAUUAUAUUGGCGGACAUGAAGCUGGUCCGGAAAUAAGCCACAUCCUCAUUCAUCUCUGGACGAACCCCCCUACCGAGGAAGAGGACAAAAAUAUAGAUGAUGAUGUUAAUGGACAAGUUGAAUAUGUUAGAGAAAUUCCCUAUACUCAGCAAAUGUAUUAUUUUGCGUCUGAUUAUGUAGGUGGAUUAGUGACUGAGAAAUUUAAACAAAACAUAUUGGAAAAAUUGCUUAGAGAUAUUGAAAUUGCUCACAGGAUGUUGCGAGGAGGAGGAAAUUUCAAAUAUCGUUCUUUAGAAUCUAAAGAUGGAGAUCUAUAUCAACCAUUUGCCAAGCAAGAAGAUGUACUCAUAUUUUCUGAUAUUGGAAACAUUGAAAAUGACAAGUACUAUCAGCCAGAAAUUAAAAAUUUUCCAUCAAUUGAUGCGAUUUGUGCUCCCAACAUUCUUUUACAAAUGACCACUUCUAUCUUACAUCCAAUUAAGAUGGUUGGGUUGGAUAAACUUCGUGAUAAGUUAGCAAAGGAAGGCGACAUUCACUUUUAUUUUGUUGUACCGGCACAGUUAUAUGAUCGUUACCAAAAGCAGAGGUUUGUUACUACCAAAGAAAAUAAUGUCCGGAAAUUGUCACCUUGGAUUAAACAACAAGUUAAGCAAUAUGUUUUGAGUAUUGACUUGAGUGGAACGUCAGUCCCAUCAAGACCAUCAGGGUCAUCAGUGCCAUCAGCAAGAUCAUCAGUGCAAUCAGGGUCAUCAGCAACAGCAAUGUCAUCGAUGCAAUCACCAACACCAAAAAGAGGAAAAGGGAGAGGAAGAGGAAGACCACCAAAAAAUUGA